AUGGAUCACCCUUUUGAUUCAAGAGAUAAUGGGUUUGGUUAUCAAGAACAAAUGGAUGGAUUAAGCUUUGGUUUCAGUUUGAUCUCUGAUGACAUGCUUAACUCCUCUUCCUCAUCCGAGCUUAUGAACUUCGACUCUUUCGCCACAUGGUGUGACAACCCUUCUGAGACUGAUGCCUUGUUCUCCCAAUAUGGCCUAAUGACCUCUCAACCUAUGCCCUUUGGAGCCACCACUUCAUCUCAUGCAGCUGAGCUGAGAAGUGCUACCUUUUCAGGUCUUCCUCGUUCAUUACACGGUUUGGAAAGCUCUUACAUGAGCUCUCAGAGUCAUUACUCAUUAGAUAGCGAUGAGUUUAGUGGUAAACGACACAGUGUACUGAACUGUACUAUUCCCAGGUCUUUGAGCCAUUCAUUAGAUGAGAAGAUGCUUAAGGCAUUAAGCUUAUUUAUGCAGUUCUCAGGUUCAGGAGAGGGCAUUUUAGCACAAGUUUGGACACCUAUCAAGACAGGAGACCGGUACAUGCUCAGUACAUGUGAUCAGGCCUAUUUGCUUGACCCAAGGCUCUCUCAGUACCGUGAAGUGUCAAGUAAAUUCACCUUUGCUUCUGAAGCAAACCAAUGUUCUUUUCCUGGACUCCCUGGUAGAGUCUUUAUCUCUGGAGUACGUGAAUGGACAUCAAGCGUGAUGUAUUACAAGACGGAUGAGUAUCUGCGUAUGAAACAUGCUAUAGAUAAUCAAGUCCGUGGCUCCAUUGCCAUACCUAUUCUUGAAGCAUCUGGUACAUCUUGUUGUGCUGUCAUGGAGCUUGUCACAUACGAUGAAAAGCUCAAUUUUGAUAUGGAGAUGGACUCUGUUUGCCUCGCUCUCCAGGCUGUAAAUUUAAGGACACCAGUGGUCCCUCGCCCUCAGUACCUUUCAAGUAACCAAAGAGAUGCCUUAGCUGAAAUACAAGAUGUUCUGCGAGCAGUGUGUCUUGCACACAAGUUGCCUUUAGCUCUAACCUGGAUCCCAAACUCAGGUGAAAAUUGUGUUCUUUGGGUAGAGGAGACAGCUUGUUUUGUGAAUGAUAUGGACAUGGAAGGCUUUGUCCACGUGUGUUUGGAGCAUCCUCUAAGAGAAGAGGAAGGUAUCGUUGGCAAAGCUUUUGUAUCAAACCAACCGUUCUUUUCUUCUGAUGUGAAGGCAUAUGACAUCAGUGAGUACCCUCUUGUUCAGCAUGCUAGAAAGUAUGGUCUGAAUGCUGCUGUUGCUAUAAAACUGAGGAGUACUUACACUGGUGAAGAUGAUUACAUACUCGAACUUUUCUUGCCUCAAAAUAUGAACGGAAACGUGGAACAGCAACUUUUAUUAGACAGCCUUUCGGGUACUAUGCAGAGGAUUUGUCGAACUCUGAGAACUGUUUCAGAUGUGGGAGCAACUCAAGAAGAAGUGAGUGGAGAGAUGUCUUAUUUCCCGCAGAACACAUGUUCGGGAAGCUUUCAGACAAUAGUAUUGGACUCUGAACUUAACUCUACUACAACCAUGUUUUCAGAUAUGUGCUCUGAUCAAGAAAAUGGCAGUACAGGAUCCCAAGGCACUUGUGAGCAGAGUAUGAGCAAAGCUAGAACACCAGAGAAGAAGAAGGGCGCCACAGGGAAGAAUGUGAGCUUAAGAGUUCUCCAACAACAUUUCUCUGGGAGUCUAAAGGAUGCUGCAAAAAGCAUUGGUGUUUGUCCCACUACACUGAAACGGAUAUGCAGACAACAUGGGAUCAUGAGGUGGCCAUCUCGUAAGAUUAGCAAAGUGAAUAGGUCUUUAAGAAAAAUACAAACGGUGCUUGACUCUGUCCAGGGUAUAGAAGGAGGACUGAAGUUUAACUCAGCAACGGGAAAGUUUGUUGCAGUUGGCUCUUCUAACGGUAACAAUGCACAUGUAAGAGGUCAGGAGGAUACCUCCUUUGAGCUCUUGAAAGCUAAAUCACUCGACAAUGCAAUUAAAUUAGAGGAUGAUAUCAUCAAGAACGGAUCAUUCAUGGAGGUUAAUGCUAGUGGCAGCUCUCAGGAAAUUGCAAAUGGCAUGGAUACUACAACUAGAUGCAGUGGCAAUAUUAUGGAACCUAACAAGUACAAGUCAGAUUCAUCAAAUGGCUCAGGAGCAGUUAUGCUCAGAAGCUCAUCUACUUUCAUGGAUGGUGGGAACCAAAUGAGAACAAACAAAAGCAAUAGCAGUGAGAGUGGAUCGAAAAUGAUCACUGUAAAGGCCACUUACAGAGAAGACACAAUACGUUUCAAGUUCGAGCCAUUGGUUGGGUGCCUACAGCUCUACAAAGAAGUUAGGAAACGCUUUAAACUACAAAGCGGCUUGUUUCAACUCGAGUACUUAGACGAUGAAGAGGAAUGGGUGAUGCUGGUUACAGAUUCUGAUCUCCAAGAGUGUUUGGAGAUAUUAGAUGGUAUGGGAAAACACACAGUGAAGUUCCUUGUUCGUGAUUUGCCUGGGCCUUUAGGUAGUUCUUCUGGCAGUAAUGGUUUCCUUGGAGCAGGUUUAUAA